UCCAGAUUUCAAAUAUUAAUGACGGUUACAAAAUGUCACUUUAGUUUAUUAUAAAAUUUCUUUAAAAUCCGAAAAAAUGUUUAUAAACGACGUAACUAAAAAAGAAGAAAUAAAGAACAUCGCAGUAAAACAUUUACGUGAAAUUGGUGUUAAAUACAGACCUAAAAAACUUCGUAACGUGCAGGAGGAAAGAAUCGGUCGCCAGUGCUUUAAAACGGCAUUAUGCCUAUUGCCCAUGCAAACGGUAACGCUAGCAAGUGGUCAGCAAUUAGUAGUUCCUAAACUAGUCGACGAUCUGUGUUCGUACAUACUAACAAAGGUGACGACGGAAGGUCUCUUUCGUAAAGGCGGGUCUAAAGCUAGACAGAACGAGAUGAAGUUGCUCUUGGAUUCCGGAUCUUACUUGGGACAGACUCAUCAUGAAAUUGACGUCGCAAAUGUACUGAAAACGUUCUUUAGAGAGCUGCCGGAGCCAUUAUUUCCAUACGCCUUUCAUGAACUUUUUCUUCAUUGUGUUUUGUCUAGUCAACAACUUCAAGCAUUAAUGCUAUCUUGUCUUUUACUUCCGACCGAACAUCUAAAUACUUUGGCGUAUUUUAUGCAGUUUUUACGCGAAGUGAGUCAACAUUCUUCAUUGAAUAAAAUGGAUUCUCAUAAUUUAGCGAUAGUAAUGGGGCCUACGUUAUUUCCAAUUGAAGAAAAGUCGGCUUUCAAUUCUGCACAAAGAUUAACGAAAUUUUGUGAUAUAUGUAAAUUGCUUAUAGAAAACGCAUCUGAUAUUGGUUUUAUUUCCGAUCGUAUAAUCGAUCAAAUAGCUCCUACUUCUCUUUCUGCAGAUUUAGUUUCGUGUGAUGAAGUAAAUAAAAAGAAAAAGAAGCGCAGAAGUGGCUCUUUGACACGUAUGUUUAAUGGAUUAAGAAAGAUUGUUAGCAGCAAGUCGAUCGACACCUCUUCCAAAUCUCCAGAUCUUUUACAAACGCCUAAUAUAAAAGUGUCUGAUCGUAAACGAAGAUUAGACAUUCAAGCUUUUUCAAAUAAGAAAAAACACACGUUGAUUCAAAGCCUUCCUCAGCACACCGCCUUAAGCACACCGAUUAGUAUCCAUCCAAAUCCAAAAAAGAAUCCAUCUCCAAAAUCGACAAAUACAAAUAAUAGAAAUACUGACAAAAAAUCGCAAUUGAGCUUAACCAAGCGAAAUAAGCCCGACAGAGGCAACAUUUCAUCUACAUUGCAACGUCGCUGGUCCGCUGUAAGCAAUGCGACGCCGGGAUUUAAGCGUAACAAGAUGCGAAACUCCUGCAUGGUAUCGACCGUGCAAACGCAUAAAGAUUCUGAGGUUGAUUAUGUGAAAAUAUCCCGUACAGAAUAUGAGGACAUUCAAAAUCGUGUAUCUGCCAUUGAGCAACGGAUCUCGUUAGAGUUAGAAAGUGCAGUGGAAACUGUUCAAACUGUUUACGAAAACACACUGUAUAAAGUCGAACAUCUCAGCCCAACGGAUGAUCAUUUGGCACGGAGAUUGAGUAAAGAACUGAAAAUUAGACGGUCAAUAGAUCAAAGAUCUCCUAGUGCCCGGAAGAUUGGUAGCUUAAGACGGCGUUCGCGUGAGCUGGAAAGACAAAGCAAUAGUCGACUUCGCCGAAACCAAUCCUUGCAAAUACAAAAUCAGUCUGUGAUUACAUUGAGACGUGGACAGCCUAAUACGCUGGGAACUGGUCUUCCUAGUCCACUCAUUAAAGGUCACAGUAAAGUUAACUCGGAACCUCAAUUGGUCAUUGCUCACAUGGACACAAUCAAUAAACCUUCUACAAUAAGCAACUCGCCAAACAACUGGAAUAGUUGUACGGAAUACUCGGAAGAUUCACACACUCCAAACAACUCUGGUAAUUCGUUCGAUUAUAGAUCGUCUAUCGUCAAACUGCGCAAUCGUAACGCCGGCAUGGUUUUGGCCAAAGCGCGCCUUUUUGAUCAAUUACUUGAUACGGAUAGCCGAUCGACAAGGAUUGGUGCGACCAGAAAUGUUUCACAUAGGAUUAGAAGUUUAAGGACUUGCGAAAAACAGUCACCAAGAAAGAAAACUGUAAAAGCUAUGUCGUUUUCCUCGGCCAACGAAGAAAAAGAAAAUAAAGUGCAAUUUUCUAGCUCCUUCGAUCAAAUGGUUCUUUAUAAUUCACACGAUAAAACCAACGCGCUCAAGGAUUCCAAUCGAUUUCUUUCUCCAAAUUGCAAAACAACCCCACAAAUUAAGAAUUCGCUAAGUGUUAAUUCACCUAGAUAUAAGUACCACAGUCGUGCGCCAAAUUGCACUAGGCAAACGCCUGUUAAAGCUUUAUCGUCCCAAAGAUGCGGGUAGUUGUGAUUUUAUUAUAUUUACUCAUUUUUACAUUUUUACUACUGCCAUUAUUAUAUAAAAGCUUUGAUUAAAAGUGUUUCUUAUUGAA